AUGGCGGACCAGGGCGAGCAGGCGAGCUCUGGACAGGAUGCCAACAAAAGUGUUAGCGGAGCUUUCUUUCCAUGGCAGGACAUCUCGGUCACCCGAGGAACGACCCCGAUCAUCUCCCUGCUUUGUCAACUUAUGGUUGGAUUCAUCGUUAGCUUGAAGGUCGCGCUGCUAGCCAGCGGUCCUGCCAUUAAACAGAUCGGCGAGCAAGAAAUUCAAACUACAGGUUGGACUCUAACACUUCGUGUAUGGCCAGCUCUCUUCCUCAUCAUCGGACAUAUUAUCAUGACUGGUUAUGUGCUUUGGGUCGCUUACCUCAAUCGCCGAAAGUCGACUGGUCUCAGGUGGGACCCUGUUACCAUUGCUGAUUACUGUGCUUUGUUUGCACAUUGUGAUGUUGCAGAAUACUUCUCAUCCCUUGAAUUGCUCCACAACCGCAACGCAAAGCAAGUCCUGUCGAAGAAUCAUCGAUUUCGACUGGGUUACUGGGAAAAGCCCAUUCCUGGGCCGCCUGAGAGAUUUGUUUUGGUGUAUGGCAUUGGCACAACGUGGAAGCAAGCAGGUACAUUGUGUGGAUUCAUUUGUAUGGACAAGUGCUCACCGAACGACAGCUCGCGCACCAACGUCGUUCGAACCCAGCUGGUAUGA